AUUAUUCGUACCAAUACUUCCAGACCCGAUUACCGAGGGACGUUAGCCCGACGUAAUCCGGGCUCGACAUGUGUAGCGUGAGGUGCCGCCACCAGUAUAUGAAAGAGGAAUUGGAGAAGUUGCUGAUCCGAUUCAAACUCCUCACUCCUGCCAGCCGGGACAAUUGAAACCUCUACCCCUCUUUCUCCUCUUUCUCUUCUUACCCCUCAUCCCUCAUCCUUCAUCCUUUAAUAUAUAUAUUACCGGAGAAGAUUACUUCUCAUAGCUCUCUCGUCAUGUCACUACGCAUGGCCAUGUCUUCUCUAUCGGCUUCAACCCAGCGCGUUGCUCAGGUGUCGAGGCACUUCAGCACCAGCAGAGCCGCGAGGCAGGAGAUCCAAGAUGCAUACAUUAUCAGUGCUUCGAGGACACCAACAGCAAAGUUCAACGGUUCCUUCCUCACAGUUCCAGCCCCUAAACUCGGCGCCGUAGCGAUCAAAUCCGCGCUCGAGAAGUCCAAAGUCCCCAUCUCCAAAAUCACCGAUGUCUACAUGGGCAACGUCCUCCAAGCCGGCGUGGGCCAAGCCCCCGCCCGUCAAGCCGCCAUCUUCGCCGGCCUCCCCACCUCCGUCGAAGCCAUCACAAUCAACAAAGUCUGCGCCUCGGGCAUGAAAGCCGUCGUCUUCGCCGCCCAAAACAUCCAGCUCGGUCUCGCCGAGGCCCAGAUCGCCGGCGGCAUGGAGAACAUGUCUCGCGUGCCCUCCUACCUCCCGCGCGCUAGCUCCCAACCCGCCUUCGGAAACCAGAACAUCAAAGACGGCCUGAUCGAAGACGGUCUCUGGGACGUAUACAACCAAUUCCACAUGGGUGUCUGCGCGGAGACCACAGCAAAGAAAUACAACAUCACCCGCGAACAACAAGACGAAUACGCCGUGCAAUCCUACAAACGCGCACAAGACGCCUGGAAAGCCUCCGCGUUCAAGGAGGAGAUCGCCCCCGUCACCGUCACGGGCCGCAAGGGCGAUACCAUCAUCGACACCGAUGAGGGCUACCUGGACAUCAAGCCCGAGAAGAUCGCCACCCUCAAGCCCGCCUUCAUCCGCGACGGCACCGGCACCGUCACCGCCGCCAACGCCUCAACCUUCAACGACGGCGCCUCCGCCCUCGUCCUCGUCAACGCCGCGCUCGCGCGCGAAUACGGCUCCGACUCUCGCGUCCUCGCGCGCAUCUGCGGCACCGCGGACGCGGCUGUGGACCCAGUCGACUUCCCUAUCGCGCCGGCGAAGGCGGUGCCGAUUGCGCUGGAGCGGGCGGGGAUCACGAAGGAUCAGGUUGCGGUGUGGGAGUUUAACGAGGCGUUCGCGGCGGUGAUUAAGGCGAAUGAGAAGAUUCUUGGGUUGGAGGGGAAGAGGGUCAAUGAGCUUGGUGGGGCGAUUUCACUGGGUCAUGCGUUGGGGAGCUCGGGGGCGAGGAUUUUGGUCACGUUGUUGCAUCAGUUGAAGGUGGGGGAGUAUGGGGUGGCGGCUAUUUGUAAUGGGGGGGGGGCGGCGACGGCGGUUGUGGUGCAGAGGAUUGAGAAGGUGUAGGGGGGGUGUUGAAAUAUUAGUUAUAUAGCGGAAUCAAAAGAUAUUGUUUUGUAUAGAGGGUUUAAGGGGUGUUGCCUGUGUGGGAAAGUGUCAAGUGUUCAGUGUCGAGUGCAUGUAGUGUCGAGAAUAUACAGACUUGAGUGUAAACAGUGUCGAGUGUGUAUAGUAGUAGAGCCUCUACGGAAGGAUGCUCUACAGUAAGAUGAAUACCUACCGAAUCGGGAAUCUAUUAUCAAGUCUCAAAUUUCUCAUGCGUCUAUAAAAUACCCUGAUA